AUGGAGGACUCUCAAAAUAAUAAUAAACUAAAGGGAUCUAGAUCUCGCUGGGAUGAGAAAAGUGAUAAAGAGAGAAUAUCUACUAGUUUAGCCACAAGUGCAGCUCAAGAAGCCCUAGAAAAGGCAAGAAGAGCAGCUCUUGUACAACUACAAAUUCAGCAACAGCUGGCAGCUUUAAGAAAAAACAAUUUUUCAAACUCAGAAACCCCAUUAUUAAAUCCAAAAGAUGAACCGUACAGGAUUAGUGGACUUGAGCGUGAAUCAGAUGGAGAGAAUCAAACUGUGUCUGUAAAGCCUCUGGUACUAUCAACUCUUAAAGUUAACAUGAAUAUAGAGAGAACUAGGAAAUUUAAAAAAGAGGUACUAGAUUCAGCUAAUAAUAAGUCUGGUAAAUUUAUUGAAGAUCUUACUGGAUAUGAUCCGACCUUAAUAACAAAAAAAAAGACUAAGAAAGGUCUACGCUUUAUAAAAGCUGGCACAUUUACUCAAAGAGAAGAAGCAGAACAAGAAUCAGUAAAUAGAAAAAAAAAGAGGAGUUUAAGAGGAAAUAAUGAAAUGUGCUAUUUGAAUGAUAUAGAUAUAUUGUCAAGGAAACCUAUACCUGAAUUUGAAUCCUGGGACUUACAAUUUAUAAAAAGGAAGAAUAGUGAAUAUAGUGAAGAGUUCCCAUUUGAAAUAUUAUAUUCAAAAAUAACAAAUCUAAUAGAACAUCCAGUCCCUAUAGAACCUUAUUAUGACCCUGAUACUGCAGCAGUCCCUCUUGUUACUCUUACACCUGCUGAAAGAGCCAAACUACGUCGACGUAGGAGACAAGAAAAAGAACAAGAGAAACAGGAUAGAAUUCGAAUGGGACUAGAACCUCCACCUCCACCCAAAAUAAAGUUAUCGAAUCUAUUAAAUGUAUAUGGAGAUAGAGCUGUUUUAGAUCCCUCAAAUAUUGAACAACAAAUUAGAAAGCAAAUGGAGGAACGAGUUAAGGCACAUGAACAACGAAAUUUAGCUAGACAACUAACACCUGAAGAGAGAAGUAAAAAAAAUGCAGAGAAGUGGCAAAUGAAACCAUCAGAUAGUGUGGUAUUUUGUGCAAUUUUCCAUGUUGAAAAGUUGUUUUAUAAGCGUUACAUAUUUAAGAUAGAUAGAAAUGCUAAAGAUUGCCAUUUAACAGGAUGUUGUGUUGUAAAUUCUAGUGGACCAUCAAUUAUAUAUAUAGAAGGUAGCCAAAAGUCCAUUAAGUUCUAUAAAAAUCUUAUGCUAAGGAGAAUAAAGUGGGAUGAACCCUCUGAUUGUGAAGCAACUUCCUGUAAUAUAGUAUGGGAAGGUACUGAGAAAUCACAGUUAUUUAAAUCAUGGAAACUAUAUUAUUGUCAUUCUAGCAGUGACGCUUAUAGUUUUUUCUCAAAUAAUAAUGUUCUUCAUCUUUGGGAUAUAUCUCAAAGCUUUAAAAUUAAGAGUACUGAUAUCUAG